AUGGUGAACCCAAUUCUCAAAACAGACCCUUCCACCAUUUACAACCUUCUCAAAUCGUACGCACUUUCCCCCUCAACCAUCCUCAAAGCCCACCACCUUUUCCAACAAAUCCCCCGACCAACGUUGUCUUUUUGGAACCUCAUAAUCCGUGGCUGGUCCCUCAGUGACCAACCCAUCGAAGCAAUUCGCUUGUACAAUCUCAUGUAUCGCCAGGGCCUGUUGGGUAACAACCUUACAUACCCCUUUCUCUUCAAGGCCUGUGCUCGAGUUCCUCACGAUUCUUGCGGUACAACACUUCAUGCCCGCGUUUUGAAACUUGGGUUUGAACCCCUUCUCUUUGUUUCCAAUGCCUUGAUUCAUAUGUAUGGCUCUUUUGGUCAUUUCGGUCUUGCUCGGAAGGUGUUUGAUGAAAUGGAUGAAAGGGACUUGGUUUCUUGGAAUUCGUUGAUUUGUGGGUAUGGUCAGUGCAGGAAGUUUAGGGAGGUGUUGGGUGUUUUCGAAGCAAUGAGGGCGGCUGACGUGAAGGGUGAUGCUGUGACGAUGGUGAAGGUUGUUCUUGCAUGCUCUGUUUUGGGUGAGUGGGGUCUUGCUGAUGCCAUGGUUGACUACAUUGAGGAAAAUAAAGUGGAAAUGGAUGUUUACUUGGGGAAUACCCUUAUUGAUAUGUAUGGACGGCGCGGUUUGGUGAACCUGGCACGUGGAGUUUUUGAUCGAAUGGAACGGAGAAAUUUAGUUUCAUCUAAUGCCAUGAUUAUGGGUUAUGGGAAAGUAGGAAACUUGGUUGCUGCUCGGGAGUUGUUUGAUUCUAUGCCGCAGAGAGAUGUCAUCUCAUGGACUUCUAUGAUCACGGGUUAUUCUCAAGCUAGCCAGUUUACAGAGGCAGUGAGGCUUUUCAAGGAAAUGAUGGAAGCUAAGGUGAAACCGGAUGAAAUAACCGUUGCCAGUGUGCUUUCUGCAUGUGCUCAUAUUGGUUCGCUUGAUGUUGGGGAGGCUGUUCAUGACUAUAUACGGAAAUAUGAUGUGAAAGCUGAUGUCUACGUUGGAAAUGCUUUGAUAGAUAUGUAUUGCAAAUGUGGUGUAGUUGACAAAGCAUUGGAGGUGUUUAAAGAAAUAAGGAAGAAAGACACAGUGUCAUGGACUUCGAUCAUUUCAGGUCUUGCAGUUAAUGGCUUUGCAGAUUCAGCACUUGAUUAUUUUUCGCAGAUGUUGAGGGAAGGUGUUUGGCCAUCUCAUGGUGCUUUUGUUGGAAUAUUGCUAGCCUGUGCUCAUGCUGGAUUGGUUGAUAAAGGAUUGGAAUAUUUUGAAAGUAUGGAGAAGGUUUAUGGACUGAAACCAGAAAUGAAACAUUAUGGAUGUGUUGUGGAUCUUUUGAGUCGCUCUGGAAAUUUACAAAGGGCAUAUGAAUUCAUAAAAGAGAUGCCUGUGACUCCAGAUGUGGUAGUCUGGAGGAUAUUGCUGAGCGCUUCUCAGGUUCAUGGAAAUGUACACUUGGCUGAGAUUGCCACAAAGAAGCUUCUUGAACGGGAUCCUUCUAAUAGUGGUAACUAUGUACUUUCCUCUAAUACUUAUGCGGGCACUAAUAGAUGGGAAGAUGUUGUUAAAAUGAGAGGACUGAUGGAGAAGAGUAAUGUACAGAAACCAUCAGGUAGCAGUUCCAUAGAAAUAAAUGGUUCAAACAGUUCUCAAGAUUCUUUCAUGAAACAUCAACAGAAGAGUGAAUUAACUGUUGUCUAG